UAGAUAGAUAGAUAGAUAGAGACAAACAGGAAGUUUGUUCACAUGAGAUACAGCUUUGCAUUUAUUUUAAAUCUUACUUUAGCAGUCAUUAGUCAUAAGGCUGAACAGCUGUGAAUUAGAGGAUCUUCACAGCUUCCUUGAUUCAUGCAAAGAGUUUCAUUCACGAUUUCCUGAAUUUUGACGAUGACCCACAGAUAUUAACUGGACUCGCAGGCUGACAGCAGAGGCAGCCAGACAGCAAUGGACAGCGUAAACGUUCGUCAUAAAGAGGAAGAUGGCACAGUGUUAUUUGAGUCAUAUAUCCCUCCUUCUCGGGAUGCUAUCCACCUGCCCACCUACGUCCUCUACCUGCUCAUAGCCGUCUUCAUCGUGUUUUCGGUUCUCUACGCCAUCACGGGCCACCUCAUCAAAGACCUCAUCCAUGACUGUGCAGACUGGCUGUUUGGGGAGCAGCCUGCAGAAGUGGUGGUGAACUACUGUGAGGCCAAGGAUAAGUUCAUGGCAGACUGGUCCCCACAAACCAGCCCUGAAGUAGAGGCAAUGGCCCGGGAAGAGGAGAACAAGGUGAUUGACAGAGACUUUAUGAAAUCUCCUGCCAUCUGGAUCAUCUCUACAGAACCACGAGGGACAAAAACAGGACCCCGCGUGGUCUUUGGGAAAAGGACUUGAACCCAUCAGAGACUUGCUGUCGUUACAGACCUUCUGUAUGUGAUGUGAAUGUAUAAAUAUCUAGAUGGAUGAUGAAGGUAAAGAACCAUUUCUGUGUGAGGCUCAAAAUAGAUUAUUAGAUUUAAUUUCAAUAUUGUGCAAAAUAAGAUUAAAAAGUAAGAUUAAAGAUUUUAGUAUAA